GCUGGGCUCUCCUCAGUCUGCCUGGGAACAACGGAGAGCAGGAUGUGGCCACUUCAUCUCAUGCUGCUGAAGUUUUCAGUCCCAUAAUCUUACCUCAGAACAGCACAGGUUUUCAGCUAAGAACCAAUUAAAGACUGUCCUAAGAAACCUGGAGCCAAGGAAGUUUGCCAGAGCUCUGCAGCGAAAGCCAGAGCCUUGCCAAAGGAAGAGAGAGAGAAAAGAAACGUUUUUAAAUUCUUCAUGAAGUGUACUAUGUUCUGUCAUUCAUUCCCAAAGCCCCCAGAAGCAUCCCCCCCCGGAAAAGUGGAGCUGGAAGUAAGAAGCCGGAGGUGAGAAGACACCGGAAGGGCAGAUUCAUUCCUUUUCUACGUGUCCUAUGUGGGGACAGUAUUAGCACCCAGCAAGGCUUGGAGACGCCUCAGAGAUGAGCGCCAACGGCAGCACAGUGGGCCGGCUCCUCUGGCAGGGGCCAGCAUGCAUUAGUUGGAAGUGGGAUGUGGAAGGGGCUUUCUACCACCUGGCCAACUGCAUCUUGCUCCUGGGCUUCAUGGGGGGCAGUGGGGUAUAUGGAUGCUUCUACCUUUUUGGCUUCCUGGGCACAGGCUACCUGUGCUAUGUGCUAUGGGGCUGGUUCAAUGCCUGUGGCCUGGACAUUGUCAUUUGGAGCUUCCUCCUGGUGGUGGCCUGCCUGUUGCAGCUGGCACACCUGGGAUACCGCCUUCGUGAGGACACGCUCACUGAGGAGUUCGACCUCCUCUACAAGACGCUGUGCCUGCCCCUCCAGGUGCCCCUGCAGACAUACAAGGACAUUGUUCACUGCUGCAAGGAGCAGGUCUUGACUCUGGCCACUGAGCAGACCUAUGCUGUGGAGGGUGAGACACCCAUCAACCGCCUGUCCCUGCUGCUCUCUGGCCGGGUUCGUGUGAGCCAGGAUGGGCAGUUUCUGCACUAUAUCUUUCCAUACCAGUUCAUGGACUCUCCCGAGUGGGAAUCGCUGCACCCCUCUGAAGAGGGGGUGUUCCAGGUUACUCUGACUGCUGAGACCUCCUGUAGUUACAUUUCCUGGCCCCGGAAAAGUCUCCACCUUCUUCUGACCAAAGAGCGAUACAUCUCCUGCCUCUUCUCAGCUCUGCUGGGCUACGACAUCUCAGAGAAGCUCUAUACCCUCAAUGACAAGCUCUUCGCUAAGUUUGGGCUGCGCUUUGACAUCCGCCUCCCCAGCCUAUACCACAUCCUGGGUCCUACGGCCUCAGAUGCAGGACCUGAGUCAGAGAAGGACGAUGAGGAAACCCAUGAACCAGCCACAGGCCCUCCUCAGGCCAGCUCCACAUCUGACCAGCAAACGCCACCCUGUUCUCCCCCUCCCGCAGCCACCAACCUUCCCGCACCUCCCUCCUGGGCCAGGAUGUCCAGGCCCGACAGUAGCAUCCUGGGUGAGGAUUCCACCAGUCUGGUGCUGGAGGAUUUUGAGGAGGUGUCGGGAUCAGAAUCGUUUAUGGAUUAUAGGAGUGAUGGGGAGUACAUGAGGUGAGGGGAGAACUAACACAGGCACAGUCACCAGCCCAGGAUUCUGUCUUCUAGAACUCCUCUCCAGAGCUACUCUCAAGUUAUGUCCAGGGGACAGGCUCCUUUGGCUCCAAUCCAUACUCCUGAACUUUAAGGAUUAUUGGACUAUAUUUUCCGUCUGGCCCACACAACUCUCUUCCACGUUCACGGGACAGCCACAGACACCCUCUUCUCACCCACUGGGAGGCUCACAGGCCAGCUGGGAGUGCACACAGAAAGUGUCAGCACCAUAGCUACACCCAGGCCCCCAACUAACCUUGAGAAAGUAUCAUUCAGAAAACUUCUGGGACAGGCGUCGCCUGUGGCUCAAAGGAGUAGGGUGCUGGCCUCAUGUGCCGGAGGUGGUGGGUUCAAAACCCAGCCCUGGCCAAAAACUGCACACACAAAAAAAAAAAAAAGAAAGAAAGAAACCUUCUGGGAGAAGGGAUCCCAAAGUGCAAAAGUACAGAUUCCACUGUUUACUAGCUGCAGAAUCUUGGGCAAGUUCCAUAAUCUCUCUGACCCUCACCUGUAUAAAGUGGGAUUAUAACCCACCUCACAGGGUUGUUGUGAGGAUCAAACAAGUUUAUUUAGGUAAAGCUCCCUAGGACAUGGGGUGGCACCCAGUAAGCACUCAAUAAAUCACUCACCCCCUUUCUCUAUGUUGUUCCUUUGAAUUAUCUGUGAGGGUCAAUGGAGUCAGCUCUCCAAGAAAUUUUUAUUUAUGGUUAUUUUUUAUUUUUCGAUUGAGAUUCAAUGAUAGAAGUAGAAAUUUUUUUUGGGGGGGGGGGUUUUGGCCAGGGCUGGGUUUGAACCCGCCACCUCCGGCAUAUGGGACCGGCGCCCUACUCCUUGAGCCACAGGCGCAGCCCGAUAGAAGUAGAAAUUUUAAAACCUAGUGUUCCCUAAGGCUUUUAAGUUCAACUUACAAAUCUCUUAUUCUAUUGACCAAACUAAUAUUAUACAAUAGUUUUUAAAGGAUUUGUACAAACUUAAUUAGAUUUUCUUAAACAUUUAAGAGUGGAUUUAUAAAUGUAAUAUAUCCCAUUUUCUUUUUUUCUGAAAUAUUUCAACAUACGUCUUAGUUACCUAUUGCUAUAUUAAUACCCAUAUCUAAAACAAUGACUUAAACUAGUUAUAAUCACUUAUUUCGAUCAUAAAUAUGGGUCUUGACUGGGCUCAAUUAGGCUGUUCUCAGGUUUUUUUAUGCUGUUGCAGUCAGAUAACAGCUGGGGCUAGAAGUAUCUCAGAGCCUUCUUUAUUCAUCUGUCUGAGGCCUAGUCUGGGAAGACUCCAACAACAGAGGGCAGGAACAGCUAGAUGUCUCUUUCUUAAAAGUUUCUUCAUUUUUGUGUGUGCACUACUAUACGAAUAGAUCAGUAUUCUAUAUAUAGAAUAGUGGGCAUUUGGAUGGGUGUAGUUUCUAGUUUGGGACAAUUACAAAUAGUGUUGCUAGAAACAUUCUUGUACAUACCUUUGGGUAUGUGUAUGUAUAGUUUCUUGGAUAUACACCUAGCAGUGGAAUUAUUCAGGAAAUUGUUAUAUAUAGAUAUAGAUACAUAUAUACGCUCAGCUAUAGUAAUACUGCCCAAGAGUUUUCCUAAGUGAUUGUAACAGUUUAUGUUCCUGCUGACAGUGCUUCUGACCCUCCCCAGUGGUUGGCAUUUUUUCCCCAUUUUAGCCAUUUGGGCAUAUAUAGCAGGAUAUCACUGUGGUUUUAAUUUUCAUUUUCCUGAUGACUAAUAAGGUUGAGUAACUUUUCUUGUUUGGGGAGGGGGGGAGCAUAUGGCUAAGUUUUAUCGGGAAGUAUCUAUUCUAGUUUUUUGUUCAUUUCUCUGUUUGUUUGCUUUUUCUUACUGACUGAAAGCAAUUCUUUAACUAUUCAGGUUCUACACAUACUUAUAUUCAAAUAUAUCCUACUUUGCUUAUGUUUUUUUUUUUUCCCAUAAAAGGUGCUUCUUGAUGAACAUAAGUUCUUAUUUUCAAAGUAGUAGUUAUCGGUCUAUUCUGCUAUGAUUAGUGCUUUCUAUGUCAUAUUUAAGAAAUCUUUUCCGGGCGGCGCCUGUGGCUCAGUGAGUAGGGCGCCGGCCCCAUAUGCCGAGGGUGGCGGGUUCAAACCCAGCCCCGGCCAAACUGCAACAACAACAAAAAAAAAAUAGCCAGGCGUUGUGGCGGGCGCCUGUAGUCCCAGCUGCUUGUGAGGCUGAGGCAAGAGAAUCGCGUAAGCCCAAGAGUUGGAGGUUGCUGUGAGCUGUGUGACGCCACAGCACUCUACCCGAGGGCGGUACAGUGAGACUCUGUCUCUAUAAAAAAAAAAGAGAGAGAAAUCUUUUCCUCCCUUGAAGAUAUUCUCCCGUAUUAAUGCAUUACCUUCUAGAUGUUUUAUUGUUUUACAUUUCACAGGAAGGCCUACAAUCAUCCUGGAUUUGGUUUUUGUAUAUGAUAGGAAGGGUCAAGAUUUAUUAUUUUCUAUGUGGAAGUCCUACUGAGCACUACUCAUUGAGAUGAUUGUCCUCCCCCCACUAGUGUUCCGUGGCCCCCUUGUCAUAAAUCUAAUGUUCCUAUGUCUGUAGGUCUGUUUGGGGGUUUUCUACUCUGUUCUGUUGGUCUAUUUUUCCAUCCUUUCACAGUACCACCUAGUUGUGAUUAUUAUAGCUUUGUAAUAAGUUUUGCUAUUUGGUGCUUUUCAAACUUUGUUCUUCAAAUCUUGGUUAUUCUUGGCCUUUCUCUUUGUAGUUCCAUAACAUUUUUAGAUAAAUUAAUUUUUUUGAGACAGAGUCUCAAGCUGUCGCCCUGGGUACAGUGCCACAGCGUCAUAGCU